UCGAUCGGUAGGGACCAUGUUCCUCCAUUGAUGUCUAUUACUCGGAAAACCCUAAUAUGACUUCGGAUCUUGGCAUUGGGUUUUAGCAUUGACUCGCCAACAACCUCACAUAACUUGCUCAAACUCUCUGCAAAUAUGGCACAGUCUCUCUGUUUCUAUUCAAAUACUCGACUGCACAUCUGCAUCAAAGCAUCUUCAGGUAAGGAGCAACAGCUUGGGUGUUUUACAUUGACAAAACCAAUCCACCUGAAGGUUUCAUCAGGCUGUAGAGCACGAGCAAGAGCAUCAGCAUCUCACGGUGCUGGCUCUAGUGCAAUUCAAAUUCCUCAUCAGUGGUACAAUUUAAUAGCAGAUCUUCCUGUUAAACCCCCUCCACCUUUGCAUCCAAAGACAUUUGAGCCAGUCAAACCUGAGGAUUUGUCUCCUCUCUUUCCUGAUGAGUUGAUUAAGCAGGAGGCAAGUAAUGACCAGUUCAUUGAUAUCCCAGAAGAGGUUCUUGAUGUUUACAGGCUUUGGCGCCCGACCCCACUGAUAAGAGCCAAGAGACUGGAGAAGCUGCUCAAUACACCUGCUAGGAUCUAUUACAAGUACGAAGGUGUAAGCCCAGCUGGAUCACACAAACCCAACACAGCAGUUCCACAGGUCUGGUACAAUGCACAAGAAGGUGUCAAGAACAUUGUGACAGAAACUGGAGCUGGCCAAUGGGGGAGUUCACUGGCCUUUGCAUGCAGCCUAUUUGGUCUCAACUGUGAAGUGUGGCAAGUCCGUGCAUCUUUUGACCAGAAGCCAUACCGUAAACUGAUGAUGCAAACCUGGGGUGCCAAGGUGCAUCCUUCUCCUUCUACUGUUACCGAGUUUGGUCGGAGAAUCCUUCAAAUGGAUCCAGCAAGUCCAGGCAGCUUAGGGAUAGCUAUUUCAGAAGCUGUGGAGGUUGCAGCUAUGAAUGCCGAUACCAAGUAUUGUUUGGGGAGUGUUCUCAACCAUGUUUUGUUACAUCAGACUGUUAUAGGUGAGGAGUGUAUUAAGCAGAUGGAGGCUAUAGGUGAGACUCCAGACGUGAUCAUUGGGUGUACAGGGGGUGGAUCUAAUUUUGCAGGGCUUAGUUUUCCAUUUAUUCGAGAGAAGCUCAAAGGGAAAAUUAACCCUCUUAUACGAGCAGUUGAACCUGCAGCUUGCCCUUCCCUAACAAAAGGCAUCUAUGCGUAUGAUUAUGGUGAUACAGCGGGGAUGACUCCACUUAUGAAAAUGCAUACACUUGGGCAUGACUUCAUACCGGACCCUAUCCAUGCGGGGGGUUUGCGUUACCAUGGUAUGGCACCAUUGAUUUCACACGUCUAUGAAUUGGGUUUCAUGGAAGCCCUUUCAAUCCCUCAGACUGAAUGCUUUCAAGGAGCCAUUCAAUUUGCAAGGACUGAAGGGUUGAUACCUGCACCAGAACCAACUCAUGCCAUAGCUGCCACCAUUAGAGAAGCUCUCCAUUGCAGGGAGACUGGGGAGUCUAAAGUUAUUCUCAUGGCAAUGUGUGGACACGGACAUUUUGACCUGCCAGCUUAUGAGAAGUAUUUGCAAGGAAGUAUGGUUGAUUUGGCUUUUGCAGAGGAGAAGAUACAAGCAUCGCUAGCCAAUAUUCCUCAAAUUGUGCGUUGAAGUGAAGCCAAUUGAAUGAGGAACUAGGUAGGAUGACUUCGGAAUAAUGAUCUCUGUUAGAUGCUUCAAUAAUAUUCUUUUGGUUGAUCUAUCUGUGAUCAUGAUCUAGGCGUAAAGUCUUGAGUUGAAUUAUAUUAGGGUGUUAGAUUUUUUUUGAACAAGGGGAUCAUUUAACACCGGAGAGAAUUCAAUUAUGUUGUAAUGUUGUCUUGAUAGAAUAAGUUGGGAUGCAAGAAGCAUCUUCUUGUAGGGUUGAUUCCAUUUAUAUUUAGGAAGAAGUGUACGAGUUUCAUACCGUCAACAGGAUGACCCUCCUUUAUGCUAAUUUAUCUUUCUUAUAUAUAUAUGGAAUUUGAUAUUGUGUUU